AAACAUCACUGAGUGCCUUUAUUUUGUGUCAGAUGCUUACCUGUCAUAUCUGAACUCCACCUCUACAUUUCUAAGUUGCAUAACACUGAAGUCAUGUCCUCAUUAUAUUGCUCCACACUAAUACAACCUGAACUUUUACAGCUCAUAUAAACUCCACGCACAGUCAGCGCCACUGUUUGUAUUUCCCUAUGGUUUCCUUGUUGUGUUUCAUGGAUGCGUGUUGCAGUGUGGGGGUUUCUUUACGCAGCUCUGUCUGCACCCCGGGGCUUCAGUAACGUUCAUGUCCCAGCAAGUCUCAAACAUUUCCAACCCUACACUGCUGCACAAUACCCCGAGACAUAUCUCACAGGGAGUGUUAGAAAAACAGGCCAGAGCGUUUAGUGUUCGCACCAGCAGCACCAAGUCUCGUGUUACUCACAUUCCAGUCUCCUCACCUUUAAUUGUCGGCCUACAGCGAGACUCGGGAGUGGCUUUUGGUGACCUCAGGGUGCGCCCUGAGCCGCUUACACACACACACACACACACACACACACACACACACACACACACACACACACACACACACACACACACAGCUGCUGCGCAAUGAUCGAGGCUGCGCGCAUAGGUGGAUCUGGAACAAUGGGUGUGUAGCGACAGAGGAGCCAAAACAACCAAAGAAGAACCUAUACAGGACUCUUUUUUUCUAUUUCAUCUGACGUAAUAAACAUGAGUAAGCGAGUCAGACCCGGGUACUACCGCCAAGAAGUGAACAAAACCGCAUGGGAGGUACCGGAGCGGUACCGGGACCUGAGGCAGGUGGGGACCGGAGCGUACGGGACGGUCUGUUCGGCUGUGGACGUCAGAUCAGGAAGCAAAGUGGCCAUCAAGAAGCUGUACAGACCUUUUCAGUCCGAGCUGUUUGCCAAGCGAGCCUUCAGAGAGCUGAAGCUGCUCAAACACAUGAAACAUGAAAAUGUGAUCGGCCUGUUAGACGUGUUUACUGCUGACCUCUCUGUGGAUAUGUUGAACGACUUCUAUCUGGUGAUGCCGUUCAUGGGGACAGAUCUGGGGAAGCUGAUGAAGCUACAGCGGCUGUCAGAGGAAAAAAUUCAGUAUUUGGUUUAUCAGACGCUCAAAGGGCUGAAGUAUAUUCAUUCUGCUGGGAUAAUUCACAGGGACCUGAAACCAGGAAACCUCGCUGUCAACCAAGACUGUGAGCUCAAGAUCUUGGACUUCGGUCUGGCUCGGCAGGCGGACAGCGAGAUGACGGGCUACGUGGUGACUCGCUGGUACAGAGCCCCGGAGGUCAUCCUGAGCUGGAUGCGCUACACUCAGACCGUGGAUAUCUGGUCUGUGGGCUGCAUCAUGGCAGAGAUGCUGCAGGGGAAACCUCUCUUUAAAGGCAGCGACCACCUAGACCAGCUGUCAGAGAUCAUGAAGAUCACAGGAACCCCGACUCAGGAAUUUAUAUCAAAACUAGAAUCUGAAGACGCCAAAGGCUACGUCCGAAGUCUCCCUAAAGUGGAGAAGAAAGACGUCCAGAAGAUGUUAUCCAUGGCUAAUCCACAAGCCGUGUCUGUGCUGGAGCACAUGUUACUGCUGGAUCCAGAGGAGAGGGUGACUGCUGCAGAGGCCCUGAAGCUGCCGUAUUUCAAAGAGUUCAGAGAACCAGAGGAGGAGACUGACGCUCAGCUGUACGACCACUCGAUAGACAACACAGAGCUACCGCUGAGUCAGUGGAAACGUCACACUUUCACAGAGAUCUUGACCUUCAAACCCGUUGUGCCAGAAUCAAAGGAAACCUCACUGUGAGACACGCAGAGAUGACUGUGCUGCACGGAGAACCAGAACAAACACACGUCUUUUUAUAUCGAUGCCAACUGGGCCAAAACUCUUUAAUCACAAGUGUUAAUGAAAGCAAACAGAUCCGUCUCACGACUCAGUGAAAGGUGCAAACUGCUGGAUUAAUCUUCACGCACCACGUUGGUCUGGUAGCUUUCUUUGCUGCCUGUAGGUAAGGUAAUCAUACUCUUUUAUUACUGUAAUAAGCAUUCAAAUUCAGGUCCUCAUCAGUUAUAACGGUACAAAUACUCUUCGUCCCUGCCCACUGACAGAAAGCACACCUUCAGAAACAGUUGUGGACAAAGUAAAGUCCAGUUUUUGGUCAGAUCCCGUUGAACUCUCUAAGUUUGAUUUGAGUCAGAUUUAGCAGUGAAAAAAUUCUGAUUUAAAGGUAACAGAUCCAGGAGCGUGCAUCAUGGUGCAAACCUGACGCAGUGUAAAAUAUUGAGAGUUAAUUUGAUCUUUUGCGCUGUAUUGUUUUUGUAAAGUAGCUGUAUGUAAUAAGACUGUUUGUCCUUGGAA